CUCUGUACUACCCUUCUUCACCAAUUUAUUAAUUCUCUCACUUUCUUACACACCAACCAAAGGCAAAACUCUCAAAGUCUCUGUCUCUCUCUAAUCAAUGGCUUGCUCAAGCUCUGCUUUGAAGACCAUCUCUCCCCCGAUCAAGCUAGCCAACCCAAGAUCACACCCCUCCUCUUCACUCACUAAUAACACACUCCUAUCAUUCAAGCUCUCAAACACACCUGUCACCCAAACCCUUAAAUUCCAGUCAAUCUCACUCCAAACCCCCAGCUUUUCACUACCCAAAAGAUCAUUCACUUGCAAAAGCCAGGCCAACCCAUCAGACUCCACAAGACCCACCAACGUUCAGGAAUUGCACGUGUAUGAGAUCAACGAGCGAGAUCGUGGAAGCCCUGCCUACCUCAGGUUGAGCCAGAAAUCUGUCAAUUCUCUUGGAGAUCUCGUUCCUUUCAGCAACAAAUUGUAUACCGGAGACUUGGAGAAACGGUUGGGGAUCACAGCAGGAAUAUGCAUUUUGAUCGAGAACAAACCGGAAAAGAAAGGUGACCGGUACGAGGCUGUAUACAGCUUUUACUUCGGAGACUACGGUCACAUAUCGGUGCAGGGAGCGUAUCUGACAUACGAUGAGGACACGUACUUGUCGGUGACUGGUGGGUCUGGAAUCUUUGAGGGUGUAUAUGGGCAGGUGAAGCUGCACCAGAUCGUGUUCCCCUUCAAGAUCUUCUACACGUUUUACUUGAAGGGCAUCAAGGACUUGCCAAAGGAUCUUCUUUGCAAGCCUGUGGAGCCCACUCCUUAUGUGGAGCCCACCCCAGCUGCAAAGGCUUGUGAGCCCCACGCCACCAUUCCUAAUUUCACUAACUAAUAAAUGGAUGGUGAAUUGUGAUGUAAUAAUGGGUUUUGCCAAAUUGUCUUUUGGAAGUGAAAGUUUUUUUUUUUUUUUUUUUUUUUUUUUUUUAUGUGGAGGGUUAAUGUGGGAAAGCAGAAUAAUAACUUAUUAUUAUUAUGAGUACUUUUUUUUAAUAGGAAUGUGAAUUUAGCUUAAUCACAACCAUGU